AUGUCUUCACUCCACGACACUAUCCAAUCGUUAGAAAGCCUUCUCGGCCAUCAGCUCAACGCUUACGAAGGCUACAAAGCCCGCCUGGCCACAGUCGAUGCGACGGACUUUGCAGUAGCGAAAGACAAGCUUUCCGCAGCACUUUCGCAGGUGCUCGGCCUCCUCGAAUACCUGAAAGCGACAGACGAUAGACUCUUAGACGCAGGGGCUCAGGAAACACAUAUUGAACCUGAGUUUGAAAACCAGGCCGCAUCUGUCCAUGACCGCUUUCACGAAGCCGAAGGCGCCAGCAGCCUCGGACUAGACCAUAUCAAUAGACUAGCCACUGAAAUAGCCGAAUUCCAAACAAUCGGGCUCGCACGGCUAAGAGAGCAGAUUAGCGCAGGUAAAAGUCGACUUGAUACGCUCUCAAGUCAGACCAAUGAAAGAUUGGCACAUCUCGAGCGCCAAAUUGGGGGAAUUCAAAACAGAAUCCGGACGACAAACAAUGCUAUCAGAGAUGUUCAAGUACAGAAGGAUUCAACCCAGAGUACUUUGAAUAACAAGAGAAACGAGCUGCACAACAAGGAGAGACAGCGAGACGCAGCUAAUGCAGAAAGUGCAAGGGCGAGAGAGCGGAGAGAUGGCGCCAGGGCAGCCGGUGUUGGUCUUGGAAUCCUCUCCAUAUUUGCGGGCCCAUUGGCCCCAGUCGUCUUCGCCGCUACGGCAGGAAGUCUUGCUUACGCUAGUGAUCAAGAUAAUGUCGCCCGUGCUCGCCAAAACGAAGCAAACGUCCUCCGACAGGAAUGCCAAACCCUAGAAAUUCAGAUCGGUGGCCAAAACGACCGGUUGGCAGCGCACAACCACGACCUCCAGAGAUCCCAGAACGAGCGAUCCCAAGCUGAGCAAGAAAAGGCAGCUCUCGAGCGCGAACAGUCGGCCCAGCGAGCAGAGAAGCAGAUACUGGUCAACCUAGAAGCCCGUGUGGCAGAUCUUGGCACGCAGGUGCCCUCGCUAAACGGGAAGACUGCCACGCUGUCGAGCGAGAUUUCAGCGAUUAGGACGCACACCAUGAACUGUACUGUUAUGAUUUCCGAGGCCAGGGUCAAGGCUGGCUGCUUGGAAUAUGCGGAUAGCAGAAACGAGAUUCUGGGCACUGUUAAGACCAUGGUGUCUGGUUUUCCCAUAGGGGGUGGAGUCGUCGAGAGGAUUGGGGCGGUCAUCGGGGAGUUGGAGCGUAGGAGCUUGGCUGCUGCGCAUUGAAGCGUCGGCACGACAUUCUGGACAGUGUUGGAAAGAAUUGUACUAAACAUCUCUCUUUUUUUUCCUCUUUUCCUUUUUCAUCUUGUGCUCCGGCUAGGUCUUUUUUGAAUUCGAUUAUCGUACCCUUA